CAUUCACUUCACAAUAUUUUUGAAAUUGCGACUCACAACUUAACAAUUUGUUAAUCUACCACUGCAGUUACUACAUAUCCAAACACAUUGUUAUACAUACAUUUAUAAUAUAUUUACAUACAAUUUUAUAUACACAAUUCUACAUUUGCACAGAGCCCAGUCGCUGAGGAUAUGAGGUAGAAAAACAUAAAGAUGAAGCAGUACUAGUAGCAAGAUGACGAUGGCGAUAACAACGACGACUACGAUGAUGAUAACGAUGAAGCAGAAAUACUCAUGUAUCUUAAUGCUAUUGACUAUUUUCCCUCCGAUGACUCUUGCUGAAGAAAACAACGAUUACUUGGCAUUGAAAAACUUCAUAUUUGCAAACUAUUCCAGUAGAGUUCGACCAAACUGUGACGCUAAUAAUGGAUCCAUCAAAGUUUUUGUUGACAUCGGACUCCGCCAGAUAUUGGAACUGAAUGAACAAGAGCAAGUCUUAAAUUCCAAUAUCUGGUUACGCUUUAAGUGGAAGGAUUGCAACCUAGUCUGGAAUGUCUCUGAAUACAAUGGAAUUGAAUCAAUUGUCUUACCAGAAGACAUGAUAUGGAUUCCUGAUAUUUGUCUUUAUGAUAACUCGGAAUACGUAUUGAAAGGCAUCAAAGAAUACUACAGAGCCAGGGUUUUCCAUGAUGGGACUGUGAAAUACAACUUUCCGUCAGUUUUGAAAUCUGUGUGCCAGAUCGAUAUAAAACAUUUUCCCUUCGAUCAACAAGUAUGCAAUCUGACGUUUGGAUCAUGGGCCUACACUGAUAACGAAGUGAUGGUGAUGAAUAACAAAACCGACGGAGACAAGACUAAUUAUGUCAAAAGUAGUGAAUGGCAGUUAGCGGAAUUGUCAAUAAAUUCUUACCAAAGAUUGUAUUCCUGUUGCAAAUAUACAUUCUCAGAAGUGGUUUUUACCAUUCGACUAUCUCGUAAGCCCGCCAUUCAGUUGCUCAAUUUGAUUUAUCCCUGUAUGAUUAUUUCUGGUAUUACGCUCAUCGGAUUCUUCCUGCCACCAGAAUCUGGAGAAAAAGUCUCUGUCAGUGUCACAGUUUUGCUGUCGCUUGCUGUUUUCCAGUUGGUGAUCACUGAAAACCUGCCGCCGAAUUCCGACAGUUUGCCCUACCUUGCGUAGUUGCCUUUGUGAUCAGAUUAGUUACCCGAAAA